AGUCCGCUGCAGACCAGCACGGUGCUCACAUACGGUGCCAUCCGCGGCUCGUCUACGCUGAGGGAACGCAUCGCAUCUCUCUACGAAGGGGAGCAUCUGUCAGCCGAAAAUGUCCUCAUCACCCAGGGCGCAAUAGCGGCCAACUUUCUGGUAUUCUAUGGCUUGGUUGGACCGGGAGACCACGUAAUCUGCGUAUAUCCCACGUAUCAGCAGCUCUUCUCUGUGCCCGAGAGCCUCGGGGCAGAAGUAUCGCUCUGGCGCUUGAGGCCUGAGAGUGGUUUCGUGCCUGAUGUGGACGAGCUGGAGACGCUGGUCAAGGCAAACACCAAGAUGAUUGUCAUAAACAACCCCAACAACCCGACUGGGGUGCCCAUACCGAGAAAUGUCGUCUACAAGAUUGUGGACUUUGCCAAGGCCAGGGGCAUCAUGAUCCUCUCCGACGAGGUCUAUCGCCCGCUAUUCCACGACGGCAUAGAGAACAACGCAGACAUGCCGCCGUCGGUGGCAGAUCUUGGCUACGGAAAGGCCAUUGUGACCGGAUCUCUGUCCAAAGCAUACUCGCUCGCCGGCAUCCGCGUGGGCUGGAUUGCGUCAGGCGACGACGCCAUCAUCGAGAAACUGGCCGAGGCGCGCCACUACACGGCAAUAAGCGUCUCCCAGCUGGACGACCAGGUGGCGAGCUACGCCCUCUCGCCGGCUGUCCGCGGGCCACUGCUGAGGCGCAACAUCUCGCUGGCACAGCGCAACGCCGCCAAGCUCGCGGCCUUUGUCGAGGCGCAUGCCUCGGUCUGCUCGUGGGUGGCGCCAAGCGCGGGCACAACGGCCUUUAUCCGCUUCCACGAUGCGAGCGGCCAGCCGGUGGAUGAUGUGGCCUUUUGCCGCGACGUGCUGGACCAGACCAAAGUCUUCUUCGUGCCCGGGUCGCACUGCUUCGGACGGGGCGUCGACUUUGCGGGAUAUGUCAGAGUCGGCUAUGUGGGAUCAUCCGCCGUGCUCAACGAGGCGCUGCGGAAGCUCGGUGAGUAUGUGCGGCAGAGGUUAGCCAAUGAGGACGACGAAGAGGCGCUGUGUUUUAUUUUUGUAACAUGGCGUG